CUCACACACACUUUCACUGUUUCUCUCACAGAACAGAGAGAGAGAGAGAGAGAGAGAGAGGUGACAGACUCAAGACUCGUGUUUCUGCUUGUACGUCAACCUCCACCUGCUUCUCUCUCCUUCUCUUUUUUCUUUUGAUCAUCCAUCAAAUCAAAACCGUUCCUUUUCUGAUUCUGAUUCUGAUCUUCUUUCUACUCCGUGUGAGAGUGUGAGAGAGACCGUACAGUCUUAAACAGCGAACACGCGUUUUUUUUUUUUUUUAAUAUUUUUUAAGGGUUAGAUUUCGGUAUAAAUGGAUCUCGACAUGGCUGAUGGUAACCAGGACGUUUCGAUCUCAAAGAAACUUAAACAAAGCGAGCAAUGGAGUUAGAAACCUGGCGUCCUCAACGGUUUCAUCAUGUAUAUGGACAUUGGAGGAUGAGCCUAUUUCUUCUUCUGUCGAAACAUGCGUGCUGAAAACUGUUAGAAAAGAGAAAAAAGAAUAAAAUUUGUUGGUUGUACUGUGUGAUGUAAUGGAUGCUCAAGCUGAAGUUUUGAUAUGCCAUGGAAAAGCUGGUAUGGGCACCAAGGGAAAAUCAAAAUCUGUUGAUGAUGAUGCAUGGCAACAAGACGUUAAGAAUGCUUCCUCCAGUGAUCUUGGCAAUUAUACCAGUGUAGCAGGAUCAGUGGAUAGUGCUUAUCAUCUCAGGGUUUCAACUUCUGGAUCAACUAAUUCAAACAAUAAUAAUGGUUCCAAUUCUGACAUGUCAUACCAUGAUGAUGAGGUUGGCCACGAUUGUGAUGAUUAUGCUGACAAUAAUGAUUGUGAUGACCUUGAUGGCUAUUUAUAUUAUGAUGAUGAAGAUGAAGAUGAUUAUUCAGCCAUCCAAUCUCAAUUUGAUAACGUGGAUCUUCCUCCUGGAGUAGAGGCAUCCCUUCCUUGGCUGAAGGAACCAGCUUCGAGUUCAAAUAUGAUAUCCAAUACCAGCAUCUCAACUAUUCCUAAUCAUGCUAUUCCUAGUCAUACUAAUCAUAAUCAUUCCGUGAGCAAAAUUAUGACAACCACUUGUCUAUCUGAAAACAAAUGGACUGCUUCUGCAAGUAGUUCGAUGUUUCCUGCAGAUUCAAGCUCUAAUGGUGAAGUAGAAGAUAGCGAAGAAAACAACACCAUGCAAAAGUAUAGGAACUUUAAACAAUUUGAUAAUGUGGAAGACUUUUCUGAUCAUCACUAUAGGGGCACCAGUGUCUCUGACCUCCCGCCUCCCAAAAUUUGGGCGAAAAGAAUUCAGGAUGAAUGGAAAAGUUUGGAGAAAGACUUACCAGAUACUAUAUUUGUUAGAGUUUAUGAAACAAGGAUGGAACUUUUGAGGGCUGUCAUUGCAGGACCUGCUGGCACUCCCUACCAUGAUGGCCUUUUUGUCUUUGACUGUUUAUUCCCUCCUACAUAUCCUGAUGCACCACCGAUGGUAUACUACUAUUCAGGUGGGCUUAGAUUGAAUCCAAAUCUGUAUGAAUGUGGAAAAGUCUGCCUCAGCCUUUUGGGCACCUGGUCUGGCAAAGAGACUGAGAUGUGGAUCCCAGGGAAAUCAACCAUGCUGCAAGUUUUGGUCUCAAUACAAGCCCUCAUUCUAAAUGCAAAACCUUUCUUUAAUGAGCCUGGGUAUGAAUCCUCAUAUGUGGGGGCUGAAGGGGAUAAAAGAUCUAAGAAAUACAAUGAAGAGGUGUUCAUUUUGUCCUUGAAGACAAUGAUGUAUACUCUACGAAGGCCACCAAAGCAUUUUGAAGAUUUAGUCAUUGGUCAUUUCCACAAUCGUGCACAUAAUAUUUUGGUGGCAUGCAAAGCUUAUGCAGAUGGUGCUAUAGUAGGUUCUGUUACAGUUAAAGAUGGAGUAGCUGAUGUUGAUAAAGCUGACAUGGGUGCCUCGGGUGAAUUCAAAGCAACUGUAAAAAAGAUGAUAAAUGCUCUUGUUACAAACUUCACAAGGUUUGGAUCGAUCAACUGUGAACAGUUCCGGAUUGAUGACAGAUGAGCAAAGAAGUUGACAGCAUGGGAAGGGUUAGUUGGUUGGCAGCCAAUUUUAGGGCAGCUAUUAUUAUCACAAUUUUUGACAAAUUUGGUUGGACCAAUACCAGCUUAAGAAGCCUCGGGUUCUUUAUGAGAUUCUAGGGAUGUGUUAAUAUGGUAGAACGAUGACAGGAUGUUUUCCAGCUGAACACAUUGCACAUUUUGAUUAUAAUAUAUAUAUAUUAUCUGCCUUCUGGCUUAUAUA